CUCUACCACACACAUCGAAUCCUAGACAAGGGAUGAUGGACAGAAAAAGAGACGCCAGAAACAAAAAACCUUUUAAAAAGAACAAACAACUUUUCUGUUAAUUUCCAAAGAAGAAAAUUUCCCUAGAAAAAUCUCGAAAGUUAUGAAGGCAUCUCCACCGCCGAGGAACACAAAUGAAGAAGGUUUGCUCUCAUGCUGGGGUCAUCUCAAGUUGAAGCUUCCAUGGAGAAACAGAAGGCAAAGGAAUAACAAUGGGGGCAAAAACACUCAGGCGAAUAUGUGUUGCGACGUAACCGCGGUCUUCACCCCUAGACAACCAAGACCAUUUGAAGGAUUUAGGUACGACCCUUUAAGCUAUGCUCAGAAUUUUGAUGAUGGUGUCGGUGAUGAUGAUGACGAGGACUCUGUUCGUCGGGGAUUUUCUACCAGAUACGUUGCCUCUGCACCAAGAUCAGUUGCAGAAAAGUAAACAGACUUGUGACUAGCGCAUCUUGAGAUGUAAUUUAAUUGUAAGUUUAGAACACUUUUUAUUGUGGGAAUUUUGUUUUGAUGAGUACACUAAAGUCUAAAAUUAUGAUAAUAAAGAAUAUCUUCAAGAUUUACAACCUAGUUAUUUCAUUCUCGAUGAUGUAAAUGUGGAACUAAAAAAGUUAAAACCUGAAAAAGUUGAUGUCAGUGUUCAAAUCAACCUAGUAGUAUAUAUACAGGACAGCCAUCAACUAUUAUGCCUUUAGCAGUUGGAGAUGAGGCCGGAUCACAGAUCGAUGCCAUUCGCCCACUACUCUCCCUUCAUGCACAAUGGGAAAGUAUAUAGAAGCACUGCGUGGCAUGAGAGAUCAACAAGAGCUUCCCGAAGACUAUUGUUGUACCUCCGCAACCAAAUUUCUUUGUACAACACAAUAAUUAAAGAUGAUUCUAACAGCAAUUCAGUAAUUAAAGUUCACUGACGAAGCCAGAGGCAUUCCUGCUGUCGCUCCCAAGUCCCAACUGAACAGGAAGGUUGAUCUGUGGAAUUCAUUUCUGGUCGGCGAGUGCUUCAUGCAACAAAUGGCACACAGCUAGCCGUACUAAAAUAGUCAAUAGGAGUCAAUGCAUCUCCAAGAAAUAACUGGUUGAGGGCAGAGUAAUUUCCAAGAUUUAGAAUGAUUCUUCCGUGUCCAACCGGACCCCACGUCACAGAAUCAUUGUCAGUGGAAGCACUUCGGCCAAGAACUUCCGAUAGGAAGCGGGGCCACCACGAUGGAGAUCAUCGUGACCAUGAGCGGCUUCGUUGACCAAGACCCGGGAACCUAUUUACGGUUUGGGUUCUUUUUUUUUUCGGCCUACAUUGUUUGGGCCCUUUGGGCUUCCUUUUACCUUUUCUAAUGAAAUUAGCUUAGGCCG